AAUGGAAAGCCAGUGUAAAUGAACCUUGAUGUCCUGCUGCUUAUCAACGCUGAUGGUGACGUCACAGGCGAUCAUUAACGCAACAGUGUGCAGGUGUCUGCAGGGUUUGAUGAGCUAAUAAAGCUGAGCUCGUUCACGCAGCGCUUCCUACUAUAACGCGACACAAGACGUGACAGUAAAGAAGUUAAAUACGAGUUUUGAAUCAUGAUAAACGAACAGAUGGUGAAGAAAGAGGACGCGGUGCCGCGCCAGCAGUUGUUUAAUUGCGCGCACGCUGACUGCGGUGCGACUUUCACGCGCCAGUGGCGUCUGCGGGAGCACGAGAGCACGCACACAGGCGCGAAACCUCACAAGUGUCCGGUCGAAGAAUGUGGACGCAGUUUCUCGCGUGGAUCACACCUGCGGCGGCACGCGCUUCUGCACAACGGCGCCAAAACGUUCAGAUGCACUGCCGCCGACUGCAGUAAAAGCUUCUUCACCGCUGAUAAACUUAAGAGACACGCGUGUUAUAAACACGACACACGCGACUACUUCAAGUGCAACUUUCCACAGUGCGUGAAAACGUUUCGGAAGCGACGCGCGUUGAAGCUUCACAAGGCGACGCACGGUUUGUCGAGCUUCAGAUGCUCGAAGGGUCGCUGUGCCAUGAGGUUCGAGUCUCACGUCGCGCUCAAAGCUCACAAGAAAAGACACGCAGGUUAUCGGUGUCCUCAGGCUGACUGUGCUGUGAGCGCACACACCUGGGGUAACCUGCUGAAACACAAGUCCACUCAUCCAGUGUCGUUCUCCUGUAUGGUUUGUACGAAGGUGUUCAAGAAGAAAGAGGCUUUGAGGAAACACAAACGCACUCAUGCUCUGCAGAAGCCGGUUCUGUUGUGUCCCAGUCAGGGCUGUCAGGCGUAUUUCUCCACCACAUUUAACCUGCAGCAUCACAUUCGAAAGGUUCAUCUCAAGCUGCUCUCACACCGCUGCGCCUUCCCCAGCUGCAGCAAAGCCUUCGCCAUGCGUGAGAGUCUGGUCCGUCACAUGUUGCAUCAUGACCCUGAAAUGGCCAAGUUCAAGCGUCGACACAUGCGCAGCAGCAAGAGUUGGCAGAAGCGCUUGGAGGGGCACGACCGUCGUCCUCUGAUUGAAGACGUGAGUCAGCUCUUCUCUUUACGCAUGAACAUCGGUCACAAAGUGAAACGCGAAGCCAAUCUGACGGGUCUCUUCAAUGAGCGCAAGAUCCCGCACCGCGUCGAUCCUGAAGUGAACCUGCGAGAUCUCUUCAGCAUCAAACCGCCUCAAACCAAACCGGCUGAAAGAAAAUGAAGUGAGCGCUAACACCGGGUUUUCAACACAUGCUAAUGUGGAUAAUUUGAGUUUCUGUAUGAUAAUAAUGGCUGAAGAGUUUCUGUUGAAGAAUAUUUCAGUUAUGUUCUGUACAUGAGUACAGCUUUUCUUUAUAAAAUGGAUUUGUUUGUUUUCUUCAACUGC